GUAGUCGUAUCGCCAGUCUCGCGUGAUGAGAUUUGUUGCGUCGGGAUUUUCUGUAAUACAGGAGCCUAGGAGCUUGCAGCUAAUAGCUUCCUGAGACCUGUAGGUAGCCUUCCGGGACUGCGGGUUGUGUUGGGUAAACUAGGACUGUUUGGUAGGAUGAAAGCUGUGUAGGGGAAAACAUGCAGGCACUAUAGCAGCUGCCAUACCUUCCGAAGUCUGCACGUCACUGACAGCAGGAGGCCCGGUAUUGCAAAAAAAAUAUUUCUAUCAAGAUGGCUUCAGCUGACUCGGAUGAGCAGAAUCCUACCUGCAAAAUUAUGACAUUUAGACCAACUUUUGAGGAAUUCAAGGACUUUAACAAAUAUCUGGUAUACAUGGAAUCUAAAGGUGCUCAUCGAGCAGGGCUGGCAAAGGUGAUCCCACCAAAGGAAUGGAAGCCCAAGAGACACUAUGAUGACAUAGAUGAUCUUGUGAUUCCUGCACCAAUUCAGCAAAUGGUUACUGGCCAGUCAGGGCUUUUUACUCAGUAUAAUAUUCAGAAAAAACCAAUGACUGUAAAAGAGUUCAGGCAUAUGGCCAACAGUGGCAGAUAUUGUACUCCCACUUAUAUUGAUUAUGAGGAUCUGGAGCGCAAGUACUGGAAAAAUGUAACAUUUGUGCCUCCAAUAUAUGGAGCAGAUGUCAAUGGAAGCCUCUAUGAAAAAGGUGUUGAGGAAUGGAACAUUUCCCGACUCAAAACUAUUCUGGAUGUUGUAGAAGAGGAAUGUGGAAUAUCUAUUGAAGGUGUCAAUACUCCUUACCUCUACUUUGGUAUGUGGAAGACAACAUUUGCAUGGCAUACUGAAGACAUGGAUCUGUACAGCAUUAACUACCUCCAUUUUGGGGAGCCAAAGUCAUGGUAUACAGUCCCACCAGAGCAUGGUAAAAGACUAGAAAGACUGGCUCAAGGUUUUUUUCCCAGCAGUUUUCAGGGUUGCGAUGCUUUUCUGAGGCAUAAAAUGACUCUGAUAUCUCCAUCAAUAUUGAAGAAAUAUGGAAUUCCAUUUAGCAAGAUUACACAAGAACCUGGUGAAUUUAUGAUCACUUUCCCAUAUGGGUAUCACGCCGGUUUCAAUCAUGGUUUCAACUGUGCCGAAUCAACAAAUUUUGCUACAGUCAGAUGGAUUGAUUACGGAAAAAUUGCCAAACUGUGUUCUUGCAGCAAUGAUAUGGUUAAAAUCUCCAUGGAUAUAUUUGUAAAGAUAUUUCAGAAAAGUAGAUAUCAGCUAUGGAAACAAGGGAAGGAUAUCUGCACAAUUGAUCACACAAAACCAACAACUGGACCAACGCCAGAAGUAAUAGCCUGGAAUAUGAAGCGAAGUCGGAGGAAGAAAGGGGCUCUCAAGAGCCUUCAGCAUACUAGAUCUCGUUCUAAGAAGCUUAAGACUCCGGAGGACAAGAAAACUGUGGUAGCAGGGGCAGAAAUCUUAGCUACUGAAGCUACAGAUGACUUCAAGGUCAACAACAAACCUACAGUAAAAGUGGAGCUAGAAGACAAAGAAAAACCUAGUGGGUGUAUGGAGAUUAUUAAAGAAGAGAAUGUGAAUCAAAGUGGCUCAAAUAUUAUCCAGGCUUCAGCAGGGUCGGGAUCCAGUCUUAAAGAGGAGGAAGUACAUCAAGAACAGCAUGGUGACACUAAACUCAAUUUGGCUUCUUCAGGUUCAGAAGAAUUGCCUGGCACUUUUGCCACUUCUGCUGUCCAAGAGGGCAGACAUACAGAGCACGAGACUGAGAAGAAUGCAUUAUACCCGAAUUCACAAGACUACCAUCCCUCAGAACUUGAGAGUACAGAGAAAGACGACACAAUUAGCAAUUCCAGUGAGGAAGAUACCAGUGACCUUGAUAUUGCUGAAAAUGGCCUCGAACCUGGAGAAAUUCCUAAUAUGAUUAAUGAUGAGAAACAGGUCUCUGAAAUCUCCAGUCAGUGUGCUACACAUUUGGGAGAAAAGAGUGGGAAGCAGAAACAGACCACAAAGAGCAGAAGACUUCCACUAAGCAAUCCUCCAUGCGGGUCUUCAAUGAUGGUUAUUAAGGAAGAUGUCAGUGAUGGAGAAUUGUCUGAAAGUCCUUGUAUGGAUAAUGAUGUUGCAGAAACAGAAUUAUGGGCAAAACCACUUUUUUACCUCUGGCAGACUAAGUCUCAAAGCUUUGCUGCUGAAAAAGCAUACAAUGAAUCAGUUUCAGGAAGGAAGCCACACUGUGCCAUAUGCACUCUCUUCUUGCCUUAUAACAAGUCUGAAACCUACAACGAUGAGAUUCAGGCUCACUGGGAUGACCUAUCAAAUGGUAUAAUUUCAUCUCACUCAGAAACACAGUGUCUGAUCCCAGAGAUGUGCUUUAAAAGCAGGAAAGGCAAAAAACAACAUUCACCCCCAAAAAACUUAAUUAAAGAGGAUGACAGGAGUCUGUUAGUUACAUGCGCAAAGUGUUGUGUCCAGGUUCAUUCUAGUUGUUAUGGUGUUCCUUCCCAUGAAAUUCAUGAUGGAUGGAUGUGUGCUCGAUGUAGAAUUGGAGUUUGGACAGCAGAAUGCUGUCUUUGCAACUUGAGAGGUGGUGCAUUAAAGCAAACAACAGAUGAUAAGUGGGCACAUGUAAUGUGUGCUAUUGCUGUUCCAGAAGUCAAAUUUCAAAAUGUGACAGAAAGAUCUGAAAUAGAUACCUCUAUGAUUCCACUUGAAAGAUUAAAAUUGAGAUGUGUUUUCUGCAGAGAAAGAGUUAACAGAGUUUCUGGGGCAUGCAUCCAGUGCUCAUAUGGGCGCUGUCCAACAUCUUUUCAUGUGACCUGUGCUCAUGCAGCUGGUGUACUGAUGGAGCCUGAUGACUGGCCCUUUGUAGUGUAUACGACAUGCUUUAGGCACAUGAUCAAUCAGAAUAUGAGAAGUAAAAUUGCUAAGAAAGAAAUAACCAUUGGUCAGACUGUAAUAGCAAAACACCGAAAUACAAGAUAUUACAAUUGCCAGUUAAAAGAAAUUACAUCCCAAACCUUCUAUGAAAUUGUGUUUGAUGAUGGAUCUACAAGCAAAGACACUUUUCCUGAAGAUAUUGUUAACAGAGACUGUGUUAAGUUAGGUCCACCAGCAGAGGGAGACACUGUUGAGGUGAAGUGGUCUGAUGGCUUACUUUAUGGCGGAAAAUAUCUGGGAAAGAAUAUAGUUUACAUGUAUCAGGUUGAGUUUGAAGAUGGUUCCCAGAUUGUUACUAAACGAGAAGAUAUUUACACACUUGAUGAAGAACUUCCAAAAAAGAUUAGAUCCCGCUAUUCCAGAGCCUCUGACAUGAAAUUUGAAGAUGAGUUUUAUGGAGAAGAGGUCAUUUGUGGUCAGAAGAAAAGGCAAAGAGUGCUCAAUGUCAAAUUAGAAAAUGAUUAUGUUAAUGAUCCAUUAUAUCAUACUUUCCUAAAGAGCUCAUUCCAGGCGACAUACCAGCAAGUACUUUGAAGACCGCAAAGAUACUACUACAAUUUGCACUAUGGCUAAACAACAAUAGAGAUGUCUGAGGAUUAAGAUACAUGUAUAUACAUAACUCUGUUAGAAAUAUGAAUUAUUAUCCAACAAAGUGGAAAGCAAUGAAUUAAUAGCACAAAAUUAAAAAAUAUUUUUUUUUGUUACUCUUUAGUGGCUGAUAUGGGCUCUAAAAGGACAUAAUGUUUGAAAUACACAAUUGGAAACAACUUUCUUAAGAAACUCAGGACUCCAGCACACUUUUUUUUUGUAAGAAACUUGGUAUAAUAGGUUUAAUUCAAAACUUCAAAUUCCACAUAUAAAUUUCAUACCAGCAUUAAAUUUCGGAAGUGCAUAUGCAAAUAUGUCAGGGAUUAAAAUAUCCAUUUAUAUAAGUCUUUUUUUUUUUUUUUUUUUUUUCCAUUUUUUAUAUUGUAGAUUUCAUUUUUAUUGUAUUUUUGUGGCUCAUGUUUCAUUGUCCUCCAUGAGAGAUACUUAAUUUGACUGGUUAUAUACAUAACAGAAAUGAACUGAAGAUUUUUUUAAAUUAUUUUUAUUAUUUAUUUAAAAACUGAAUAUGCGUGUUUUCCCUGACUAUCGGCUAGAUGUUACUGUUUCCAAACUUCACACACUCUUGGUAAUUCUCCUACCUAAAUAAAAUGGUAUAGAGCAAUCAAUGGUUUACACCACAUGACACCGUGGGGUAAAGAGAGUUGUUAUCAAUAUAUUCUGUUUAAUAUAUCAUUCUAAGCAAUAAACCAUCAUCUGCAAAUACAUCGUCACUGUUAGACGGGGUAGUCAAUAGCUGCAUCCCCUUCCAGAGAUAUAUUUCCUGUAACAGUUACAAUACAACUAAUAACCAUUUAGUUGCCUCCCCCUGGCUUAGUCCAGAAAAAAUACAGAAGGACAUUAAUGACAUAUAACAAAUGUAUGGAAAAAUGUGAAGAAAUUGGAAAUCUCUGCUUUGUUUUCAACAUUUGGUUUAUCUACAAUUUUUACCAUCACAUUUCUCUUCUUGCCUGGGAGCUAAGCAGUUAAACCACAGUAUAUCACCUACAGUGUCCUUUGCCAAAAUACACUCCAAAUGUAUAAUAUUUUUCAGCAAUAAGCAAUGUUUUCUAAAACAAAAUACAAAUAUUCUUUUUUUGGUGUGUGGAUUUUCCUUACUAUUUGGCUACUGGCUUUAGAGUGUUCUUCAGCAAAUAAUGCACUUAUAUUUAUGCAUAUUUGAGACAUAAGUGGAGAAUGGGAUGCAGUAAUAAAAUAAUUUUUAAAAAUA